UUUUUAAUGGCACGUGUAACACACAGGAGGCAGCUGAACAUAUUUAUCCAGUUUGUCACUAAGCAGCGGUCAGACGGGGAAGUUAUGAGCGAUUUCAAAGCGCCGGUAAAAAAUGUCUUCUCUCCGCUCGGGUAUAAAUAAACACUGCGAUCCCGGUGUGUAGUAAAUCUAAAUUUUAUGAAUGACCGCAUUGAUCUGCGAGGCCACGCCCCCAAUGUCCCUACCUUUCCCGCAUCAAUAUCUUUGAUUGGCUCGGCCGCUGGCGGUGGGCGGGGCGUCUCCAGAACGUGCAAAUGUCUUAUAUAUAAAAGUGAUUCCAAUAAAAAAGCGCCCAAUGAGUCGGACUUCACCGUGAACUGUGUACACUGGACUUCUUCUUCUUCUUCCUCUUCCUUUUUUUUUCCUCCUUACAUUUGUCAAAGACAUCAUUUACCUGGACGCUAUUCUCAGUGUUUCUCCACCGACACCUUCAGCAUAAAGAAAUCCAGAAACCUUCUCCCCUGGCUUUGACUUUUGUUGCUGAAGAUGAGGGAUGUACUCUGCUUUCUUCUCUUCAUGAUGGUGGCCCAGGACUGGGCUGAGGCAGGAUGCCCAAGGGAGUGCGAGUGCCCUCCUGAGCGCCCCGUGUGUCCUCCAGGUGUGAGUUUGGUACCCGAUGGCUGCGGGUGUUGUAAGGUUUGUGCCGCUCAGCUGAACCAGGACUGCCACGAGGGCUGGCCAUGUGACUACCACAAGGGGCUCGAGUGUAAUUACGGCAACGACGUUGGCAGCAUUCGCGGAAUCUGCAGGGCGAAGCUGGAAGGCCGCUCGUGUGAGUACAACGGGCGUAUCUACCAGAACGGCGAGGACUUCAACGCAGGCUGUAAGCACCAGUGCACGUGCAUCGACGGUGCUGUGGGCUGUGUGCCCCUCUGCCCCACAGAAGUGCUCCUGGCGUCUCCUGCUUGCCCCUCACCGGGGCUGAUCAAAGUACCGGGACAGUGCUGCCUGAGUGUGGACUGCCACAGUGGCUCCUCAGUGCUGCCCCCUAUCUACAGAGCCCCACAGACACCUCCAUACAUCUACCCUCACCUUGCACCCUUCCCUAAACACUUCCCCAAGCACUACCCUCAGAAUUAUCCAGCCAGGGCAGACAACACGUUGAGUAACGAGCUGAUGGAACUGGGGAAGAAGUGGGAGAAGCUACGCAGUCACAAACGCAUGACUGCCUGGAAGAAACCAGGAAGCCCUGAUAAGUGUGUGCUCCAGACUACGAAGUGGUCUCCGUGCUCUCGGAGUUGUGGUAUGGGCGUGUCCUCCCGAGUCACCAAUCAGAACGCUCAGUGCAAGCUGGUGAAGGAGACGCGACUGUGCACCAUCAGACCCUGCAGCUCCAUGGCUGUGCCUGUAAAGAAGGGAAGGAAAUGUUCCCGCACGCAGAAGUCCCCCGAGCCGUUACGUCUCCACUAUGCAGGCUGCCGCAGCACUCGCCUCUACCGUCCAAACUACUGUGGCGUUUGCCGAGACGGUCGCUGCUGCUCCCCCCGCCGCACCCGCACCUCGUCUGUGGUCUUCUCCUGCCCCGACGGCGAGCGAUUCGAGAAGGCCGUCAUGUUCAUCCAGUCCUGCAAGUGCAGCGACCAGUGCGACCACCUGAACGAAGCCUCGCUCCCGCCCCAGCGCUGGCUCUAUGGAGACACGCACAAGUUCGUCGACUAGCCCGUCCCCCACCACUCAUCCCCCCCUUCUUAUUUCCUCCCCAGCCAGCCGAUCCUUGUUAGAGUAGACAUUCAGGUCAGGAGCAGAUGCUAAACCAGACGGCCUGGAAUCACAAACGCUUAAAUGUGUUGGAAAGUGUUUCGUAUAGUGAACUUAGUAGUGCGCACUUGUAGUUUAAAUUCCUUCACAGAUUUGGUGAGGAACCUGGUGGACAAGUCAUGAUCUGACUUCUUGAAGACAUUUUGUAUUUGACCUGCAAAAACGAAAAGGUUGUUGCAGACAUGUGGACUAGCAUCAGGUCGGACCUGAGAGAAGCGUGACCUUUUAACACGGGACAAACUUCACACGCGGGAAGAGAUGCUUUUGUAGCCCUGAUCUGAAAUCCACUUUUUUUUAUAUGCAGUUAUUAUAACGAUGUGACGGUAUUUAUUGUGCCUGAGAUGGACGAAAGGAAAACGUGAUGGAUUCCCGUGAGGGACUUAAAACAGACUCUGGACACAAGAACGUGGCCUUUUUCCACAUGAACUUGACUUUGACCCGAAUUCCUGGUGCCAGAGAUUUUUUUUUACUUUAUUUUGACUUCCAGAAAAAGAAAAGGAAAGAGAGGAUCGUCGAAUGCCCUGGCAUUCUGGCGUCCGCACGGCGAGGGACACACCGACAAAUUACAAUCCUGGAAGCAGUAGGCCUUUGGUUUCCCUGUAAAAAAUAAAGUUAUAGAAAAUG